GAGGAACAGGAGCAUCUGCUGUGAGACAUGGCUUCACAGGAGGACACACGAGAAGGGGAUGGAAAAGCACAGCUCCUGGCAGAGGAAUUAGAGAAGGAGGGAUUGGAUGCUGGAUACUGGCUGCCCAAGGUGAUGCAGAUCCUGGGAAUCAAGUGCAGAGAAGCCCUGCAACAUGUGGAAUAUGAAGACUACCUCAGGCUGGAGUGUGAGGUACGACACCCCUGGGAGAAAAGGGCACUCCAGAAACUCCUGAAAAUAAGAGACAAAGUGUCCUCCAUCAAUGUUGAACGGACCUUCCAGGCUGAGCACCCACUUCCCAAAUCUCCCAUAGUCACUCACCUUGAAGAGCUCAUCAAAACACUGCAGCAAAUGAAGGAGCACAUCCAUACGGUCACUGACGCACCAGGAACCUCUGCUUCUGCCAUUCAUGAAGCAAAGAAGAAAAUCACCCUGACCAGCAGCCUCGCCAUUUAUUCCUUACUCCAGUCCCUCCAGGAACGGGCUCAGAAGGACAUGGAACUGUUGGUGCUCUUGAUUGCGAGCAGCACAGGGUACCAGGUGGAAAGCAGCACUUUCCAGCACCUCCUUGGACAUCCAGAAAUUCAGUACAUGGCCAAGGAAAUGGCAGCAGCACAUGAGGAGUACGUGAACCUGAAGGAGCAAGAUGCCAACAGAGCUGAGGCCUCCCUUCUGCCGUUUGGUCUGGCUGUGACACCCGAAAGUCAAGAGCUGUCCCCUGAGCAGAAGAAGCGUUUGAAUCUCCUCCAAAAGCACAGUGGAGGCAAAGAAUCGGAGAUGCUGGAACGAGACUUGCAUUCCUUGAUCAGUAGAUCAAACCAGGAGUUCGUGCAGUUGCUCAAGCGCCUUGGACUCCAAAGUCACUAUCCAAGAAAAAUGGGGAUGGGAGAUUUCUACACUAUCUGCAAGAUAUCUCUGCAGAACAGCCAGCCCAGCAAGGACACAGAACUGCCAUGUUACUUCUUGCAAAAGCUGUUAAUCGGGGAUUACCAGGUGAGGUAUCUGACUUGCUGGGAUCAGAGCAACCCAAAAUCUGCAACCCUGCCACAAACCAAAGUGAAAGAGCACCAACACUCAGACUAUUUUGAAAACAUUAUUGAUAAUCUCCCAGAAGCAGCCCCUGAAGGUGCAGUCAGGGACGGCCAUGUGCACCCCAUGGACCUGCAGAUGGCCAUUUUCCAUUGUGCUGAUGACUUCCUCAGACAGACCUUUGCAACCAAGCUGGCCUUCUGCCAACUGGCGCUGCCUCUGCUGGUGCCCAACCCGUGCACUUCACACAUCGAGUUCCCGCUCUACGCCCUCAGCCAAAUCCAAAGGAGCUGGAAAGAGACAAAGUCAGGAAAGGAGGCUGGAGCAAAGAGUUACAAUAACAAACUCAUCUUUCAGGCGCAGACACCCAUUGUGUCCUUCAUCCGCAUUGGCAGCUCGGCCUCCUCUUCCAAGUCUCAGCUCCUGAACGCUCUGCUGAGCAAACGCAAACAUGACACUUUCUUCCACCGCCACUGCAGAGGCAGCACCAGAGAGCGUUUGCUGAUGGAAGGGGUGGUGGAGAUCGCCUGGUACUGCCCCCGUGGAAGCCCCGAUGACACCUUUGAGUGCUGCGUGGCUUUCUGCAACCUGCAUGGAGAUGCCAGGGAUCAUGGAGCACAGCUGCAGUUCCUGCAGGAGAUAUCUGCUGUCAAUGUGGCUCUCGUAUCUGAGUUGGAGCACAUGGACAACAGGGGGAAAAAGCUUCUGCAGGGCCUGUUGCAGUCACCACGGCCAUUGAUUUGUCUUCUCACGGAGCAAAAAAACGUUGCAGCAAGACAAGCCAGCAGAACCAUGACAAUAGGGAUCAAGAACAGAAAUGAAGCAGAACUGAUGGACCAGCUGACUAAAAGUAUCAGGGAUCUCCUGGAAGUGUCUAAUGUACGAUUCAGCCUGGACACCUGUGUGGGCAAAGCACGCCAGCACGGAUUCAUAGUGGAUAUAGAUCAACCUGCAUGUGUGACGGCCAAAGCAAAGGCAAAGGAACUGGUGGACCUUCUGAAGAAAGAGAAGCUGUCUGAGAUCAAAUCCCAGCUGCUGCCGCUUCAAGGAAAACUGUGGGACCAAUGGUGCAAAAAGGACAAGGAACUCACUCGCUUGCAGGAGAAGGGGAACAAGAGCAUUGAGCAUCAUCGCAGCCAAAUCGAAUAUGAGAAGAAAGCAAUAAGAAGGAAGCAACUUGAGCAAGCUUUCCCUCUCAACCCACUGAUGAAAUCAUUCCUUGGCUUUCUCCAGACCCAGCCAGCAGAUACCAAGAAAUACUUCCUGCAGUGGAUGAAGGUCUUCAUGGAUGAGCUGUCCUGCGGUCGCCUUGAAGAACUGAGGAGAGACUAUCACGAUUUAUGGUCUGAAACCCUGGCAAAAAAGAAAAGCAAGAUAAAAACCAUGCUGAACUGUGAUUUGCUAAGUCGCUUGGAUGCCCUCGCUGAUGAAAUCAGUGAUUCAUCCAUCGGCCUGGAGCACCUUCUGAGAGAAGUAGGGCAGAUUUAUGAAGCUCUGCAAUUAAUGGAGACAAAGAAUUACAAUUAUGUCAAACUGCCAGAAAUUGCAGCAGAGCUGAUGGUUUCAGGGUAUCCCAUAGAGCUGCUGGAUGGGGACGCUUCUUACCUGCCCUUGCAAUGGGUGGGAGCAAUCUUUGACAGCUUAAUUGAGAGGCUGGGGGACAAACGAGUGUUUGUGCUCUCCGUGCUGGGCAUCCAGAGCACCGGCAAAUCCACCCUGCUGAAUGCCAUGUUUGGGCUGCAGUUCAACGUCAGCGCGGGGAGAUGCACCCGCGGAGCCUUUAUGCAGCUCAUCCCAGUGGGCGAGGAGCUGCAGCAAGACUUGGGCUUUGAUUUUGUGCUGGUGGUUGACACAGAGGGACUUCGUGCCAUCGAGAUGGUCAAUAAACAGUCCCUGAACCAUGACAACGAGCUGGCCACCUUUGUCAUUGGUGUUGGCAACUUGACCGUGAUCAAUAUCUUUGGAGAAAAUCCAUCAGAAAUGCAAGAUGUUCUGCAGACUGCUGUGCAGGCUUUCCUGAGGAUGAAGAAAGUCAAUCUUUCCCCAGGCUGCCUCUUUGUCCACCAAAAUGUGGGAGCAAUAUCUGCCAAGGAGCAGAACAUGGAAGGACAAAGGCGUUUGCAGGAAAAGCUGGAUGAAAUGACCGUGGUAGCAGCUCAGCAGGAAUUCUGUGACAUCUCCUCCUUCAGUGAUGUCAUUGGCUUUGAUGUGAAGACCCACAUUCACUACUUUGCUCACCUGUGGGAAGGAAACCCCCCAAUGGCACCACCCAACCCCAGCUACAGCCAGAACGUCCAGCAACUAAAGAGUAAAAUCCUCCAGGCUGCCCAGAAGCAGUCACAGCGAAGCAUUUUGAGGCUCUCGAGCCUGAAAGAUCGUAUUGGUGACCUCUGGAAUGCUUUGCUGAAUGAAAACUUUGUUUUCAGCUUCAAGAAUUCCCUGGAGAUUGCUGUGUACAGGAGACUGGAAAGUGCCUUUAGUCAGUGGACCUGGAAGCUGCGGAGUCAGAUCUUAGACAUACAGAUGAGACUGGACAACAGAAUUCGCAAUGGGGACUUACAGAAUGUCACCAGAGAACAUUUUGAUGGGCUGGUGCAAGAGACAAGUGAUGCCAUUAAGAAAGGAGUGGAAAAGUAUUUCAGUGAAGACAAAGACCAUGAGAUACUGGCGCAGUGGAAAUCAAGCACAGAGCUGAAGCUGAAAGAAGUAAAAGUGACUCUUCUUCUUGAAACAAAAAAGAAAUGUGAGAAUCUUAUCAAGCUACAGAAGGAGCGGAGGAAACUGGAUGUAAGGAACUUGGAAUAUGUAGAUGAGCUCCUGAGAAGGAGUAGGGAGCUGGCUGUGACUCUGAAAGGGAAAAGCCUCAGUGAGAGAGCACUGAGAGACAACUUUGUUGUUGUCUGGAACAACUGGAUUGCUGAAGUCUCCCGUGCUGCUCCUCCUCCAGAACGGGUGUAUAUUGAUGCAGAAAUCAAAGAUGUCCUUCUAGAGCACUUUAAGGAGCCGGGUUUCCAUGAGCGGAUCAGGUCAUUUCCCAAAGGCAGACAAUUUUCUUUCCACUUAGAGAAACAUGUCAUGAAAAAAAAGCGUUUUGGUGUCACCAUUGGGAGGAUUUGUGAUGCUGAUGUGAUCAACUUGCAGGACAUCACAGACAACAUCAUAGCACGUGUGAUAGGAAACAUUGAGAAGAAGGAAGAGGAGAAACGUGAUUACAGUCAGAAUUUUAUCCAUGAAAUACUCAAUGAAGUCCAGGAAGGUGUGAACUCCGUCCCCUGUGAUGCAAAAUGUACUUUUAACAGAGAGUACAGCAUAGAUUUGUCUCUGUAUCUGUGCAAAAUGGCAGCAGAAAGGUUUAAAGCUAUGCAUGAAGCAUUCCAAAAGGCAAAUGACCCAGUCAUGUACCUGAGCAGCAAGAGAGAAGAUUUCUUCCAAUGUUUCCAGAUUUCCUGCCAAGGAGCCACUUCAAUCACAACUUUUGCUGGUUUCCUUUGUGAGAAGAUUGAACCAGCUCUUCGCCGCUCUGUCUAUGAGAGGACGGCUAAGGACAUUGCUGAGGACAUGCAGGGCAAAUUCCCAGAUUUCAGGGGCAACAGAGCCAAUCUGGAAGUUUGCAUCUUGAGAUACCUGGCAGAACAAGAAAAUUUUGAGUAUUUCAAGCAGUACCUGAAGUUUCCAAAGGAGUUUUUUCAGAGUUACAUUGAGACACGAGUGAAGAGUCACUGUUUAGAUGGGAGUCGGAGACUGGAGAAGUUUUUAGAUUCCUCCCUUGAUCUCCUCUAUCGAAACAUCCUGUCAGCUGUUUCUUUAUCAACCCAAAUUGUCAAAGGCAGAAAAGACAGAGAAGACAAAGUCUCUCUUUGGCUGGAUGAAUUUUGCAGGGAACUGACAGAGGUGAUCAGCUUGCCCAGAAGUGACCUGAAGGGCAUUGAGCACCAGGAGGUCACAGACAUUGAGUUCCUGAGCAGUGCCAUGGCAGAAGUUCUGGGUGACCUGAGGGACAGGCUCAAGAAUGAAUUUGCUGAUGCUGACAUGAGCUUGUUUUCAACACAGCCUCACACCAUCUUAGCAGAGCACUUUUCGGGGUGCUGGGAACAGUGUCCCUUUUGUGGGGCUCUCUGCACAAACACCAUGCAGGGACAUGAUGGAGACCAUCAUCUGGUCUUCCACCGCCCACGAGCGUUUGUGGGAGCCAAGUGGAGUGAGACAGACCACCUGGUCAUUGAUAUUUGUUCCAGCCUCGUUGGAAGUGAUUGCUUAUUCAAAGUUGGUGACAGUAAUUUGAUCCCGUACAAGAAAUACCGUGAUGCAGGACCCCGUUUUGCCACUUGGAACAUUCUCCCUGAUUCAUCCAUGCAGGCAUACUGGAAAUGGUUUGUGUCUCAUUUCACGACACAGCUGGAAGCUUUGUACAAUGGGAAAUUUCAGGGUAAAGGAGAAAUCCCUGAGGCCUGGCAGAGAAUUACCAAGCAGGAAGCACUGUCUGAGCUGGACAGGUGUUAGGCCACAUCCAUGGGAAGGAAGAAGCACAACAGCUUUGCAGUUCAGGAGAACUUUGUACCAGGCUCUCCACAAAAUGCAUUUACAAUGAUGACGCUCUCAAGCCCAAAGAAGGCAUUUACCAGUAUCCAAUUGCUUCCAAAUUUGGUGAAAUAAGGCACGUUACUGUGGCUGUCACUCAUCAACUCCUUUGCAUCAUGGGAAGGCCAGAAUCCCCUUGUCUUCUUGCCAUAAACAUUUCCCUCUGCUUUCUCCUAGAGCCAAACCAAACCCCCUCCUUCGGGUGAUCGGCCUCAUGGCCAAGCCUGAGCCCAAAGGCCAGGGCAAGGGCAAAGGCAGCACUCCAAGGCCCACUUGGAUCAGCUGCUGUGAGACA